UCGUGGGUGACAAGUGUUGCAAAGUAUGAGCGAAUGAAUUGCUUUUGUUUUGUUGUCGUGAUUGUCACAGUAAUUUAAAUUGGUACAUGUAACACAUUUUAAACUGAGGAUACAUUAACUUGGAAGAUGUCAUCAAAAAGAACACUACAGGGAGAUUCCCCUAGUGGCAGCCAACCUCCAACCAAAAAAGUACAUUUCGAGCCUUUAAGAAUUGGGCCUGUUUCAACUUUGGAAGAGAUGGAUAUGAAGGUGUUACAGUUUCAAAAUAAAAAACUUGUUGAAAGACUUGAGCAAAGACACCGGCAGGAGGCUGAUCUUCGUCAAAGGAUUGAACAGUUGGAAAAGAGACAGACGAGUGAUGAAGCUGUGUUGUGUGUUGUGAAUCGCUACUGGAAUCAGCUGAAUGAGGAUUUAAGAAUUCUGCUACAGAGAUUUGAUGCUGAAACAUCUGAUGAAUCAGAAACAAAAAAUGAAAAUGAAGCCACAACUUCUUUUGUCACACAGUUAAGCCACUGGGAUAGAGAAGAGCUAGAAGAAAAACUGGCUCAGCGGGUACAAGUAUCCACAAGAGCAGUGGCUAAGGUUGUGCAAGCAUUUGACAGAAUUGUUCAAAGAAAUCAUAAAGUGAUGUUGGCCUUGAAAGGUGAAUCAUCAGAAGGAGAAGAAAAUCCUCCAAGUUUAGAUGCAGCAGUUCGAGCAGCAAACAUUGAAGUCCAGACUGAAAAUGAGAAUAUGCACUCCUUAGUUACAUCAUUACAUGAAAAGCAUCAUCUGACAACAUUAAAAUUUUCUGAGCUUCAGGAUAAAGUUGCAGCUGUAGACACAACCAACGCAGAACUCAAGAACCGCAUUGAAGAUUUAGAAUAUGAACUUAGCAAGACAAAACUGAGAGAAGAGAAGUUGGAUGCUCAUCUUUCAGACACUGUACAGAAACUAAAGAGCUACAACUUGCAGGACAGUGAAGGAAAACCUAUCAUGAAUGCUGUAACACAAGUUAAAGUUGAAGAACUACAGAGAGAACUUGAGGAACAAAAAGAGCUAGCUAACAAUCGGCUGAUGGAGUUGGAGAGUUUAAAUGCUCAACACAAGGAUGCCUUGAAGCUGGUUGAAAAACUAAAAAUGGAUAUCCAAUGUCUGCCAGAAAGUGUUGUUGUGGAAACAUCAGAGUACAAAUGUCUGCAGUCUCAGUUCUCAGUUUUAUACAAUGAGAGCAUGCAGUUAAAAACACAGCUAGAGGAAACUCGGAACCAACUUUCAAGUAGCAAGAAUUCUCAUUUGAGGCAAAUUGAACAGAUGGAGAGUGAAGAAUUGUCCAUGCAGAAAAAAUUAAGAACAGAAGUAAUACAACUGGAAGAUGCAUUAGCACAGGUUAGGAAAGAAUACGAAAUGUUGCGGAUUGAAUUUGAACAGAAUUUGGCAGCUAGUGAACAAACAGGACCAAUCAAUAGAGAAAUGCGUCACCUGAUUACUAGUCUCCAGAACCACAACCAACAGUUCAAAGGAGAGAUCCAGAGAUACAAACGGAAGCUUAAGGAGGCUAAUAAUGAAGUUAUCAAGCUAAAACAAGCUCUAGAUGCAGCAGGGACUUCCAUCAACCCUUGCCUUCUUGCAAGUACUGGCUCCAACAGCUCCAGCUCCUCUUCCAGUGACAGUGGUUCCAGUAAGGAUGAUUUUUCGGCCCCUCCUCAGCAAGCUUCUAGUGGCAUCUGUGGCUCCAGUUCAUCAGGAAAAGAUGAUUGCCACUCAAAGAGGGACAAAGAAGAUGACAAAGAAGUUUCAUCACUCAGAGAGGAAGAGCCACCUUUGGAGAGAGAAAAGGGGAAAAGUGAUUUAGACAUAAUUAGGGAUUUAAAAAUUCAGUUAAAAAAGUCUCAAGAAGCUCAACGAGAAUUAAGGCUACUGCUAGAUAUGUACAAAAGUGCUCCCAAAGAACAGAGAGAUAAAGUCCUGCUGAUGGCUGCAGAGAAAAGAGCCAGAGCAGAAACAGAAGAGUUGAAACAGCAGUUAAAAAAAAUGCAAGAUAAUGAACGUAAGGAACGUCGAAAGCUGGCAGAUGAAGAUGCUAUGAAAAAGAUAAAAUCAUUAGAAGAAAUGGUACAACAACUCCAAAAAGCAAUUGCAGCCCAGAAACAGGAAGAAGAAGCUCUGCUGAGUGAGAUGGAGGUGACAGGUCAAGCGUUUGAAGAUAUGCAAGAACAGAAUCUUCGACUUAUACAGCAACUAAGAGAAAAGGACGAUGCUAAUUUCAAGUUGAUGUCUGAGAGAAUAAAGUCUAACCAAAUCCACAAACUACUGAGGGAAGAAAAAGCUAUGAUGGAUGAGCAGGUCACGUCACUUUUGAGUCAGGUGGAAGCACAGAACCAGGUUGUGAGAAAGUUGGAAGAAAAGGAGAGACUGUUGCAGAACAAUUUAUCAACAAUAGAAAAAGAACUCAGCUUACGUCAGCAAGCGAUGGAGAUGCACAAAAGAAAAGCUAUAGAAAGUGCCCAGUCAGCUGCAGACUUGAAGCUCCACUUAGAGAAGUAUCAUGGACAGUUAAAAGAAGCUCAAACUACAGUGGCAGAGAAAACAAGUGCAGUUCAGCAGGAAGCAUUUAAAACUAGAAGGUUACAGGAGGAAAUUAUUAGUCUAAGAAGGAAGGUUGAAAGAGCUAAAAAGUUUGAACUGGCUACAACAGCUGAUGAAGUUUUAAUGGAAGAAAUUAGAGAGUAUAAAGAAAAUCUGACUUGUCCUUCAUGUAAAGUUAAGAAAAAGGAUGCUGUCUUAAGGGAGUCCUGGGAAGAAUAACUGUGUAUGGAUGCAGGAGCUGGGAUCAGCAGAGAUGAGAGUCCAGUUGAGUGGACAGCACAUCUCCCCUUUAGACUGCAGCAGAAAGGCAGUCAAAAUGUAGGUAUAAGAUAAUUGGUCUUAUAGUAAUAAUAAUAAACAAGAGCAAUCAGAGAGGUUGCAUGCUCUUGCCCUGCCACUCCUUUUCGAGAUUGCAUGUGUUUAUAUUGGAUAAUGUAGAAUUUUUGCCCUUGAAAACUCAGAAAAUCCUUCUCAGAUCCAGAAUGAUAAACAGUCCGGAUUGUGUUUUGUUGUGUGAAAAGGAGUCUCAACCUUAACGUGUCCAUGAAAUUUGGUAAAAAUCUGAUUACACUUUACCAAGUCACUAACUGAAAACUGUGAAAAUGGCCUACCUCUUCAUUAUAAAAAAUGCUUCAAAGUGAUCCAGAAUUCAAAUUUGGAUCCAGACCAAAUUUGGGGAGAGCUGUCUCAUACUGAUUUCCCAUCUUGUUUAAAAUUUUCGUGUACAUCAGUCUAUUAGUUUUCAAGAUACUUGCACAGAAACACGGACACACACAGACCCAAUUGCAAUACCCUCAAAAGGGCGAGAGUAAUUAAUAACUGGACUUAUGUGAUUGUAUAGGCUAAUGGUUCCCAACCUUCUUCCAACUGAGGACCAGUAAGUUCUAGUCUCAAAACUUCAUUCACCACUUAACUCUGUAAAGUACUUUUAUAUUGCAUUGUACAAUAAUAUACUUCAGUAGUUACAUUUUUAAACACUUUUUUUUUAAACCAUUUUGAGGGCUGGCUGAAAUCCCUUUGUGAACCAUCAUAGAUUCAUAGAUUGGCAGUUCAGAAUCAUAGGUAUGGACUACUAACCAUGAUAAUGAUCCAUGUUUAUUGAAUGUAAACAAAACACUUUCCAGCAAAACACGAUUAAACAAAAACUUAAGUCACUUGUAAUGUUACAUAGAAAGUCGUGUUUGUAAAGUGUAAUUAUUAUAGAAAUAGACAAAUUUUGAUGUUAGGUGUUUUUCAUGGUAAUUAGUUUAACAAGAUAUGACUACACAUAAACUAAAACACUUUGGUAUUUGGUGGUCUUUAAAAAAACACUUAAGAAUGGUAAUUUAUUAACACUUCUGACAGAUGGAUAUGGCAAGCAUAAUUUAUGAAUGCCAUAUUUAAUUAUUCCAAAUAACAAUAAAUAAUAUAUGUGUGUGAUGUGUGGAAAACAGUAAUGAUUAAUUUUUAAUCAAUUGUAUAUAUAUUUAUAUAUAUGGUACUGGACCAAACUGUAUCCUAAUGCAAAGCCUAUGGGUGCAAUUUGUACCAAUGUUGAUAAUCAAGUUUAUGAGCAGUUUAUAAACUAAAAUUCGUUUAUUUCCACCUCAGUCAGUAUUUGAAACAGUUAUGUGAGUUGUAUCACAACUGUCUUUUGUUUUGGUGCAAAUCUUCACCUGGUUAAUUACCAUAUUUCUGUAUCCCACAUUUACGGUAGCUUUGUUAACCAGGGUGACAUCAUUUCUAUUUUAUACACUCAUUAUAUAUUAGAGUCCCAUGUCUUUGAUUAGUUUGCUGAUUGUGUUUGACACUGAAAUGUACUGUCUCUGAGUCAAUAUUCAUGGCAUCAGUCACCAGAAGUUCUUUCUGGCAUGAAGACUUGAAUAACCAAUCACCAGGACAUCUUUAUAAAGUGAUGACUUAGAUACCAAUCACCAGGACCUCUUUCUGGAGUGAGACUUGAAUAAAGGGUCAUUCUAGAGUUCAGACUUGAAUAACCAAUUACCAGGAGCCUUUUUUCCUGAAGUGAUGUUUUGACUUAGAAUCAUCAGGAGCUCUAUCUGAAGUAAUGAUUUGGUGUAACAGUAUCAUAGCAUACUCUCCAUCAGGUAAUAUGUUAUUUUGUGAUCAUGAAGUCUCAUAUGAAGCACUUAAGGAUGUUUGAAACAAUGAGGUAAAGUCAACUGAAUACGUGGAUCAAUCCACAAGUGGCUACCCUUAUUGCUGACUGUUGAGCAUCCAGGAAACUCUGAAAAUAGAAACUUCACUCUUCACCUGUGCUGAUUGAUGUUAUUGAAUAUUUAAAAAUGACAGUUAUAGCAUCUUAAUAUUCUGAAACUAUGUUGUUUUAAUACCACUGAAUUCUUUUGUUUUCAUGUAGCUCAUUUUAUUAUUGGCUUUCUCAUACAACUUUAACCCUCUUUAUUAAUAUAUUAUGAGAAAAAUACUGUCAUAUAUCAUUAUGAAGCAAGAAGAUGGGUAAUUUCAAUUACUGGCAUAUUACUUUUUUGUUAUAUUGUGAAUGUGCACCAUGUUUAAAUAGCAGUAGUAUUUAAAUUCAUAUGCAUAUAGUAUUAAACAGAAGUUCUCGGGAAAGGCAUAUGUUAAGUAGUUGGACUGUCUGCUAUUGUGAAUUACGUUUGUACAGUGUGGAAGGAAUCAAAUACUUUUAUGUAUUUGGUUGGGUGCAAUUGUUAAAAAUAACUUGUUUCUUUUUACUAUUAAUGUAAAGAUUCAUGUUGUGGUUAAUUUAAGAAAUAUGUAAUACUGUCGUCAGAAUAUUAAAGUAAAUAAA